AUGGGCCAGGCAAAGGGCACAAAGGGUCAGCCCGAUGCUGGGCUGAGGAGUUUGGAUCACUAUGCAAACCAACUUCCCCUCUGGCGCUACUGGCCACGACAGAAGCUCAUUCCCCUUGUCCGGUAUGAGACGCCGUAUCUUGCCUGGGUGCAGGAGAAAGUUCGCACUCCAGCGCUGGACUCGUACUUUGCGUUUACCGCGAACCUCGGCACCCACACCUUUUUCAUGGUCUUCUUGCCGUUCCUGUUUUGGUGCGGCCAUACUAGCCUAGGUCGAGGACUCGUGCAUAUCCUCGCGUCCGGCGUCUUCUUCAGCGGCUUUAUCAAGGACUUGCUAUGUCUACCUCGGCCUCUAUCUCCGCCACUGCAGCGGAUCACCAUGUCUGGUUCGGCUGCCCUCGAGUACGGAUUCCCCUCCACGCAUUCCACCAACGCUGUCUCGGUGGCUGUCUACGCUAUCGCGCUCCUCAAUUCGCCCGAUUCGACGGUUCCCCCGCAGACCAAUCUGUUCCUCCAAGUAAUCACAUAUCUCUAUGUGACAUCGAUCGUGUUGGGCCGGCUAUACUGCGGGAUGCAUGGAUUCUUCGAUGUUAUUGUUGGUUGCAUCCUCGGGGCGGUGAUCGGCCUUGUUCAAUUCAGCUACGGCCCCACUUUUGACGAGUAUAUUCUGUCCGCGACGCUGAAGGAAAUCUCGAUCAUUCCCCUCGUCAUUCUGGUCUUGGUUCGCAUUCACCCAGAGCCGGCGGAUGAUUGUCCUUGCUUCGAUGACAGUGUCGCUUUCGCCGGAGUGACGCUCGGUGUGGACGUGGGCUCGUGGUAUUUCGCGCAGUCCAGCCUUGCCUGGGCUGACCCUCUCCCGGGUACGAUCCCAUACCACUAUGAGAGUAUUGGCUUGAUCAAGACCGUGGUUCGCCUUGUCGUUGGGGUGAUGUGCGUCUUUGCGUGGAGAGAGAUUACGAAACCCACUCUGCUGCGCAUUCUGCCCCCCAUUUUCCGUAGUUUGGAGAAAGUCGGUCUUCUUUUACCCCGACGGUUUUUUACCACAGCAUCCCGGUAUACCACUGUUCCCUCUAAUCUGAAGGACCACGAGGUGUUUCCCAACUUCUCAGAUAUCCCUUCUAUUAUCACCACCAUUCGCCAUCCUCGCCGUCGGGCAAUUUCCAUUGGCCCUCAGUCGGAAGCCGACGCAUAUGAGACUCUCGCCUAUCGGGAGAAGCGCCGACGCGAGAGCCAGUCUGGAAGCAACCGUGACUCUCCGGCAGAUGAGAAUGGCAGGCCAAAUGGUGGCCCGGUUCUAUCCAGGAAAACAUCCAAGCUAAACGAAUACGAGCACAUGAUGGGUACUGGCAGCCCCAGCUCAUCCACGGUGGAGGUAGAUUCCAACAUCCCUCGCUCGUCACCGCUCCCUCCUCCAGAAUACGACGGGGCCCGAAUGGAUGAGAAGGAGGUCUUCUCUCAAAUCAAGAAGCCUCGUGUGCGGUACGACGUGGAGGUUAUCACCAAGCUGGUUGUCUACGCAGGAAUCCCAUGGGUCGUCAUCAAUGUGGCGCCUCCUGUUUUUGAACUGCAGAUCACCCGAAACAGUUUAGCCCAGAUGAGUCAGCGUGCUCCCAUGGCGAAAGUGACGGCAGCGCGCUCCAUCGAUCGUCUUAAUCGCAACGUCGCGACAGGGCUCCUGGACUCUUUCUGGGAAGAGAUUACCUUUUCAAUCCCGGGAGCCUUUCCGCAGUCGCCGCCUACGUCUCCGCGCCUUGCGCCUCGCGAUGAACAACCAGAGGAUGAGUUCGUCCCUAUGGAGACCACGGAGCAGAUUGGAAUCGAUGUCCCAGCUGCACUAGAACUUCCUACCGAGCUUGGAUCAUAUCUGCAUCCGAGGAGACCAAAAUUCACACCUUCCCCGAGCCGCUUUCGACCCGUUCAAUCCGCACCUCCAAAGCCUAUUCAAAGGCCGAUCUUCCAAGAUGAUCUGUUCAUCGAAGACCCAUACAGCCAGCAAUCUCUUGCAUUUGAGAAGCUUCCUUUCGGCCGGCCGGUAUCGGCAGUAUCUCUUUUCUAUCCCGAGAAGAAACCGCUUCCGGAUAACCGCAUCGCGUCCAUCUUUGCACCUGCGUGGGAGCAGCGAGAAAAGGAAAGGAGAGAACUAGAAGGCUUGCAAGGCCGUCCAUCUAGGAUUGUUCCGCGAGGGCCAGCUGUGCGGAACUUGCCAAAAGAGUGGUUAUUGAGAGUUUCAGAGGCCAUGAGAACCUCCCAGGGCUUAGCGGUCGCUAAGUCCCCCUCUGGUGAUGACUUAUACCAAAGAGACAUUUCCACCUGCCUCCAGCCACUGGCAUGGCUCAACGAUGAGAUUAUCAACUCGUAUCUAAGCGUUCUCGUUCAAUACCUCCGCCAGUCGACAGGCAACACCGCAUCGGGCGAGCGACCCCGAUUUCACGCGUUCAACACAUUUUUCUACUCCACUCUUCGACAGAAAGGGUAUCAAGGUGUCCGCCGUUGGGCUAAUCGCGCCAAGAUUGGCGGUGAGGCUCUCUUAGACGUCGAUACUGUUUUCAUCCCCGUGCAUCUAUCGAACCAUUGGACGCUCAUGGUGGUACGGCCAGCAGAUCGGACGAUCGAAUACUUCGACUCGCUCGGCGAUCGUGGCACGCGGCAGGUUAAAGACAUCAAAGAGUGGCUUCGUGGCGAAUUAGGAGCAAAGUUCGACGAGGACGAGUGGAUUUUCCUUCCCUCCGUUUCUUCCCAACAGGACAACAUGAGCGAUUGCGGCGUGUUUCUGCUCACCAACGCGAAAGCCAUUGCUCUUGGAAUUGAGCCGACUGCUUUUAAUGCAAAUGAUACGAGGCACCUGCGUAUGAAGAUCGUCGCAGAGCUCAUGAAUGGCGGACUCCAUGGGCAAUUCUAUCCGGUUGAUAAGCUGGGUCAUACGUGGCUCUAA